UGUGAUAAUGGCUAUUUUAAUGAUCUGCAGGAGAAGUUUCCAUGGUUUCCGUCCACGAGCAUGGUACUUUUCACAAGGAUUCAUGAAGUAAUAUUUGAUUCUUCUUCUGAGACACUCCACACUGUCUACUUCCAUUGAUUGAAACUGGUUGACCCAUGUAGAGUUGGGGUCUGUCUCAUGUACGCCAUGUAAAUGGCUUGACUCCAUCAUAACUAAGUGCAGUAAAGUGAAAUAAAAUAUUUAGUUAAUAUUAGCUGAAUCAAAGUUUAGCACAGCACGCAUACAAUAUCAUGUGUAAUAUAAAAAUGUACUGUGUCCUUAUAUCAGGGUUUGGUUUAUCACUGACCUGUUAGCGUUCAAUUUGACUUGAGGAAUGUGUGCGAUGUCGGCCAGGAGGCAAGUUCACCUGACAAAAGCGUCAAGGUUUCGGAUAACGCUGUAAGACGACUCCAGUUUCAUUUUAUGAAAAAGCGCUGAUUGUCUCUUGAAGCUGUCCGUCAAAUUGGUAACGCCCUCUCGUUGCUAUCGGCAACCAAACAGUUUUCAAAGCUAAACGGAGGCUGUUGAACAAAUAAAUAGAGCUUCUCUUUUUAUUUUCUAACUACAUUUACUUUAUUUGAGUGAUAAAGCUACCAAAUAGAAGACUUUUAGACACUUUAAUAAUUCGAGUUACUUAUCGUGCUUUUAAAGCUCAGCUUUGUGUUUUGCUUUAAUAUUUUUGUCAAAAGUGCUGUCUUGUAGGCUACAAAGGCUACGGAUAAGGUACUGCGCUGUGUAAUAUUUUCACCGAAAGAUGUCACUGUUUGCAUAAAAACAACAGUACAUAUCCUCACGGGUACUCCAAGCAUUACAAAAUAUGGUUUUAAAAAUAGUCUCGAUCAUUUCGUGAGCAGGCAUGCCAAGCUCAGUCGAAGACAGUGCAGACAGCAAUGGUCCAGGUCCCCCCGAGGGCAUCAUCCCCAUGGUCCUGACAUCUGCCACUCAGGAGCAUUUUGGUUGCGUUGCUGAUGAGGAUGUCACAGUGGAGAACCCCUACAAGCUGCUGCAAAAAGAUGACAUCUUAGAGGACAUGAAGACAAAAGCAGCAGUGUCAGAUUUCAGCCCUGUGAAGCAGCUUAUUCUGGAUUAUCCAGAAAGUGAGCUUUUGCUCGUUUAUGAUAGGGACUUCACCUACGGCCAAUUGUUUUAUCUGGUUGUAACACCAGAGGUGAAGGAAAGAAUCCUCAAUCCUCCUGAAACCGAAUCUAAAGAAAAUGUAAUAGAGGAAAUCAAGACUCCAGAACCAAGGGAAUGGAUAUCUCUUGGAAGUGAAAAAGAAAUUGAAGAAGAAACUAUGAAAGAGACAAGAGGAAAGCUAAAGUACAAGUUCUCCAGAGUUCGGACAAAGUUUGGGAAACCAGUGUCUCUUUCGGACCGGAAUGUUAUGGAUGCCAAAGAUGGCUGCGUGGAAUGUGCGUCCUACCAAGACAGGCGAUUCAACAUUAAGCUGUUAGAGAGGGAUUGCAGCGUGCAGGCUAUUCCAUUACUCCAGAGCAGCAGUGCCCAGACACAGUGGAAGUUUAUGAGAAAUAACUGUACACAGUACACCCCAGGAGUAUUAAGCAAAGAGGAAGAGACGGCCCCGAGGCCAAGCCUAAGUGAUUUCUGUAAUUCUGUGACAAACAGGGUACUGCAUGCCCUUCAGCAAGAGGAGAUUAUGAAUGUGUUCAAAGAUGACUGGAUGGCACUGGGAACAGAAACCGAUGAUUUAGACUGGUCUGGGAAGGUGUCAGAUGUUUUGAUGCUGAAUCAGGCCUUUUCUGAUCCAACUUACUCUCAGGACAUGGAAAUCAGCUGCAUGCACUGGCAUCCCACCAUCAACAGUGUGAUUGCUGUGGCUAUGACAGAAAAGAAGACGCAGCAGUCCAUCGGGUCCACUGGGCCGCUCAUCGUUUUUUAUUCCUUCUCUGAUCCUACUCAUGCCAAGGUACUGCUGGAAUGCCCAGAUGAAAUACUCGCGUUUGAGUUCUGCCCUUCCGAUCCAAAUAUUCUUGUUGGCGGCUGCAUCAAUGGCCAGGUCGUUUUGUGGGAAAUAUCUACUCACGCCGUACAUUUACACCCUGUCCAACAUGGUCAUAAACAUACUGAAACUGUGAAAACUGGCAUGCUGGGCAUCGAAGACAAGCACAGGAAAGCUCCGCUAGUGCGCUACAGUGCAAUGUCAGGUGUGGAGUUCAGCCACAAGGCUCCAGUUACAGAUGUCCACUGGCUGCCUCAGACAUUUGAGGUAAAUGCUCAGGGCAUUCCAGUGGAGAACCAAAGCAAUAUUUCCGUUCAAUUUAUCACCUGCUCCCCUGACAGUUCUUUAAAGUUCUGGGAUAUCCGAGUGCAAAAACUAGGGCGCCAGACUGCAGCAGAAAAGAAGCAGGAUGCAUCAGAGUCUCAGAUGGCUAGUUACAGUGUCGACAACCCUUUCAAACACUUGGAGCGGACUUGGAAACCCUUUAUCACGGUUCCGUUGGUAAACAUGGAGCGGAAUGGCGAUUAUGCCCCAAUAAGAUUCAGCCUUUACCCCUUCGCCAAUAACAACACCACCACCACAAUCUCAGAAAGUGGUGGUGAAGCCUCAGCACUAACUCCAGACUACAGCCAGCUCCAAAUAAACUCUGGCAAAGCACAAACACCCGUGCCAGACAUAAAUACCAAGGUUUAUAUUGGAACACAGGAUGGGGAGGUAGUUUAUUCUGAGUGGAAAAUGGAGAAAAACGAUCUUGAUCAAUUACUUAGUCCAAAGCCUCUUCAUUUGUUCAGAAUCCACCCCUGCUUGGUCAAUACAAUAGAGCGCUCACCUUUUUAUAAAGACAUUGUCUUGACUGGAACUUCACUUUUUGGAACCAGCAAUAUUGCCAUUUGGAAAGAAGGAGUGUUGGACGGCCCUAUUUUUCUGUUCCCGAGCUUGGAAGGGUUAGCUACUUCGGCUUGCUGGUCUUUAACCCGGCCCGGAGUUUUCUUUGUCAGUAAAGGAGAUGGAAAGAUUGAGGUGUGGAACAUUCUGGAAAAGACAGAAGAAGCUGUGCAUGUGCAAGAACAUAUGUCCAAUGGGAAAAUAACCUGCAUCAAACCAUGGACUGUCACUUCCAAGCAGCACUUCCUGGCUGUGGCUGACGAUCUUGGAAUAGUCCGUAUAUUUCAAAUCCCACCGGUGUUCUACAUUGCUUCCAGGAAUGAGAAGGUGAAUGUUGGAAAAUGCAUUGAUAUACAGAUACAGCGGCUAAAUGAUCUCUUGAAGAGAAAAGAACUCUGGGAAAGCCAAGCGCCGGCAACAGAGGAGCAAAAGAAGACGGAGAGUGAGAAGCCUACGACCCCCACAGAAGAACAGGAUGAAAUGAAGGAAUAUAAUAAUUUUUUGUUGAUUGAAGAAAACAUCCUUAAAGGCAUGGGACUGACACCAUAACGACACAUGGAUGGUUUGUUUCCCACAUACCACAAACACUUAUUUUCAGAAAAGUCGCAGGUCUUGAAUAGAUUUUAUUUUCUUGAACCCUAAUCUUAGAGUUUAAGAUGAAAAAAAAAGUUAUAAAAAUUAAUAAUAAGACUUAAUAAACUUAGAGUCAUCAUCAAUAUUGAAACAAACUUUUGCAUUCUAGGUUUCAAGUAAUUCAUCUCCCAUCCACAUCUUGUGUGUGAGCUCUAGUCUCUGGGUAAUGGUAUCCAUUAGUGCUUUUUAAAAAUUGCCUCUCAAGAAUGGAAUUUUACGGCUGCUUUGAUUUCAAGAUAUACCUCAGUUGUUGAUAGCCCUCUCAGAACAUUGCGUACUUAUUCAUUUGACAUUUCACAAGCUGAUGAUUUUUUUAUUUCGCACAGACAAUUUGAGACCUGAAUCUGUGUUGUUUAAGUCAACAAUGAUGACUUGAAAUGUAUUGAUUCAGAAAUACAGCAUUCUGUGGGGCACAUGGGUGAAAAGAACUUAAUUGUUGCUCAAAUCUAAGAACAUUUUAAAUGAUCUUAUGUAAUGAAUAAUAACACUGAGAAAUUACAAACAUAUAUGGGGAAGCCCAUUGGCAGUGUAUCAAAUACUUGUUCUCCCCACUGUAUAUAUUGUAUACUUCUUCAAGUCAAUUAAAUGUGGACUCCGAAGAGGUUAAACAUGAACUGUAAGUACAAUGUGGCCCUGGACACAUUUUGACAUGACUUGACCAUUCUUAAUGAAGGGAAUAGUAUCCUUUCCUAUAUUUACUGUUUGACCGUUUGUAUUACUCUAACACACUAAAUAUAAAAUAAAAAGCAUUUAAAUCAUAGUUUAAAAAAACAAGUACAAUAUAUAUUUGAAGUAUGAGUAGUUGGACUUGGAGUGAUUGGAAUUUGCAGCCCCAAGACAACGAGCAGAUAAAGGCAUAACAACUACAGAAUGCCUGCUGACUAUGGAAGCCUAACUUGCACGUCAUGCAGCUGACUGAGCGAAAUUGAUGUGAGACAAGCAGGUGAUAGCCAAGACAUCGACAAGCCCAUGUCUGGACCACCAAAUCCCGCCAUCAGCUCUUCUGGGGGCCAACGAUGGACAGUCCAGAACAGUGGUUGGACAUCAUCUCUAGCCACAAGGAAAGCCUGAUAACAAGAAGACUCCAUGGCUGAGAACUUGAAUACUCAGCACUCCUUUUGCGUUGAGACUGACAAAAUCUCCAACUUUGGUUGCCUUGGCAACAGUGACGCACGUACUCCUCUGCCCAAUCUGAAACAGACAAUUACCCUAAACAGCGCCCAAACACACCCUUCUUCCGGCCCACAGCCUGCCCCACAAAAGCCUUCAAAAGACUGAAAUCUUUAGCUAACACUGUUUUUCCUCGGGAAUCUUUUGUUGACCUAUGAUAUGGUGACCCUGGAUCCAGCUUUCCUCUUCGUCUGGGUCUGUUUGCUGUUUUGCAUUGCUGUCUGAUUGAUCAUGGCUGCACUUAAGUCUUGUUGGGAAAACAAAACAAAACUGAUAGCACCGCAAAAAUAAUAAAG